AUGUCUUUGGUUGCCAAAAUAACAUUAGGUAUCUCAGUGACGUUUACUUGUGGUAUGGUGGCCUAUGUACAUCUCAAGCAACAAGCCGAUCGAUUGAGUAUGAGAGAAGGUGUUCUGCUAGAUCUCCAAAGACAAGAAAUGAAAAGGCGACAAAAUACAAAAAUGUUACAAGACCAAAUAGAGCUGACAAAAAUGCUUAAAAGUGAACGAGAUAUGAACAAAUGA